AUGUCUGACGCUGUCACUUCUACUUCUAUUCUUACGCCGACGGCACCGAGGAACGUUAACGGGCAGACAACUAAUGGUCACGAUUCUUCUACAACUAACGGCAACAAAGUUAACGGAGUGUCCAACAAGGCUGAGGACACUCUAGUAAGACCAGGAGAAACGGAAAGAGAGACAGAAUCGGAAUCAUUAGAGAAGUUACUCCUAGUGGCAGUCGUCGUCCUUCGACAGGCAAUCGACCUUGUAGAUGAGAGCUUGAGUGAGGAUGCGCAGUUGACGCAGGUUUCAAAGUAUAUUCCUGGGUCUACUAUUGGAAAGCACCUUCGACACGCGACGGAUCAUUUCUCGCUCUUACUCGACAGUCUCUCAACAGCGGACUUAAACGCAAGCUCAACCGGUGCCAGUCAAAUAAGACAAAGACAAAGAGAGCCAGAGUCAGAACCGGAGCUAUUAGAACUCAACUACGACGUCCGCGCACGCGGUACGCCGAUGGAGAGCUCUCGCGCCUCUGCACGGGCUACGUUGGAGAGUACUAUCGCUCGAUUGCAGAGGUUGGUUCCUGGGGCGGAGAGGGAUAGGCCUGUGAGGUUGAGAGCUGUUACGCCGUAUGCGCAGACGUUUAGGACAAGUUUUGGGAGGGAGUUGUGGUUUGGGGCGUUGCAUGCGGUGCAUCAUUGGUCUAUGGUCCGAGUAAUAGCAGGCGAACUUGGCAUCCAACUCGAAGACUCGUUCGGCGUCGCACCGUCUACACUCGUACAUCACGGAUCCGAGGCCCCGCUUGGGAAAGCUAAGAUCUAG